AUGGCAUUCUUAAUACUGGUCAUCGGUGACCUGCACAUCCCAGACCGCGCGCUCGACAUCCCCCCAAAGUUCAAGAAGCUCCUCGCACCGGGAAAGAUCGGCCAGACCCUCUGCCUGGGAAACCUGACCGAUAAGCAUACGUACGAGUACCUCCGCACCAUCGCCCCGGACCUCAAGAUCGUCAAGGGUCGCUUCGAUGUCGAGGCCACCAGCCUUCCCCUAACGCAAGUCGUUACCCACGGUUCACUGCGGAUCGGCUUCCUCGAAGGCUUCACCCUCGUCUCCAACGAACCCGACCUGCUCCUCGCCGAGGCCAACAAGCUAGACGUCGACGUACUCUGCUGGGGCGGCACCCACAAGUUCGACGCUUUCGAGUACAUGGACAAGUUCUUCGUCAACCCGGGCAGCGCCACGGGAGCUUUCACUGCGGCAUGGGGCAAGGGCGGCGAGGAACCAGUGCCGAGUUUCUGUUUGAUGGACGUCCAAGGAAUCUCGUUGACUCUAUACGUUUACCAAUUACGCAAGGAUGACAAGGGGAAUGAGAACGUGGCAGUGGAGAAGGUUACUUACACCAAGCCCGUGGAGCCGUCUGCUACAACAUGA